AUGAGGGUAUAUGAUUUCCACGCCCCUGCGAACACCAGAGCUCCCGACGGAACCACGCCUAUUAUGCUUUUCAGCAUCACUCAACAAGCUUUGCGCUCUGAUAUACGCUGCCUUCUGGGAGCUCUUUGGUCGGUACUGAGUCGUGACAACAGUUCUUCCGCUGGUGCUUCCUCCUGUGCUGCGUGCCCUCGCCCCCGACCCUGGCAGCUUCUGCUCGUGUUUCCGGCGCUGCUAAAUGGCCUCCUCAGGGGUGCGCCGGGUGCCACAGCCAGCGUGAUUUGGUUAUUAUUUCGCUUCAAGGCAGCUAGUGUGAAGAAGCAUGGAACAUACUUUGUUACUGUCUCCCUCAGUAGUCUACGUGUGAGCAAGGAAGACAAGAACCCUGAUUACGUCUACGCUGACAAGUUGAAGGCAAAAAUCGCAACUCUCGAGGGUCAGCUGAAAGAUCUCCGCAAAACAAACGACACGAUUCAUGACACCAUCAAAGCGAGCAGCCGAAUGGGAUGGCAAAGCAGAUAA